CAUCACCGUUGCCUCAAGGAAUCACCCGUAGGGCGAGCGACCUCUUGAAUUCAAAUCCGACCCGAUUUGUUACACGUGUUGAAGAUGGAAAACGACCCGAGCCCGACACAGGUUAAUGCAAGAAAAGCCGAUGAAAAGCCAUGCGGGCCCGGGUUACGGCCUUGCUCUCGAAUCGAUCCGAAGUAACUGUGGUCGCGGAGUAACAAUGGUCGCCGUGCGCUUGGUGCCCGGGCUUCCGAUCCCUAUCCUGCAGCUGAGCUUCCAACGGUGAAACCCACGAAAUCUAACGGAUCGAGAGAAGUUGAUCGAAAUGAUCGACCCAGUGCUUCAAGGCCAAUUUGCCGUCAAGGAACUCAUCUAGGUGGCAGCAAUUGCAGCCAUGUGCGUGCAGCCCGAAGCGGAUUACCGACCUCUGGUGACGGAUGUGUUCCAAACGUUGGUUCCACUAGUGAAGCAACGAGCGACUUCUAAAGUCGUCUGCACACACAAUUUCCAUCAUCAAAUCGUCACUCUGAAAUCCUUCUCGAUCGACAGUGGACGCAGCGGACACGGCCACAGCUAACUCGACCACUCGUGGCUGAUCAGUUCCGAGCUCUCGAUUAAAUACUUUAUGCUGAUCUUUGGACUCGGAUAUCUGAAUUUUGGUUGGUGCAUUUUGCGGACAACAUCUUUAUCAGAAGAGAGGUCCCGGCCUUUAAGGGAACAAGAAGACCCCACCAGAAGCAUCGAGAGUCCGCGGAGCAGGUUUCAGCCUCUUGAAUUGGUCGCUUGCUUGCUUGCUCAACCUCCAUGUGAGCUCUCGUCUAUUGCCUGCCGUGAGUGUGUGAGAAAAGCUCGCCGAUGCAUAACUCUGAAUAACAUUAGGAUCAACGAACGAGGUAGCAGAGAACACUAUUCUGCCCGAGGUAAAUGUAAAGACCAGCAUGAGUGGUGGCUUCGUGGGCUGGGCUGGCCGUUGCAGUGAUUCAGGUCAGCUCGCCAGGACUAGGACCAAGCCCACGCCAGCACGCACCACCAUAGAUGUAUGAUAUCCACCCCCACUUCGUGAACAAGAGGCCGGUUCUCGGAUCAACGACAUGUUGCUGAUCGGCUCUAGCAGAUAGGAUCCAGAGAAAUUUGCUCUGGAGGCAAUCAAGUUACCGAAGGUGUGAGAGAGAUGUGGUUAGAUAAGCCCGUCCUUUGGCCAGACUACGUAGGGUUGUUAUAGUUGUAGCACUCGAGUUUGCCUGGAGGCAUGUGUUGUGAGCACAUGAGCACAAUUUUUGUUUCGAUGCUUCACUCUUGAUGUUGUAUAAAUUUCCUUCUAAUAGAAUAAUGGCAACAAAAUUCU